AUGACGGCCGUGGAAAUUAGCGGUUCGAGCUCGGAUGCGCCCAUUCUCGCUGCCCGUAGCAUGAACAUAGCAGCUGAGGAGAACCUCGAGAAAGUUAUUGUGGAGCUGACCUUAUCGCGUCGCCUGAACCGUUACGUGCGCCACUUCGAGCCCCUGUCGUACGAACCACGGCCGGUGCACAGGGAACACAUUCGUGUCAGGAGAUCGCUGGGCGGCAGCGACUCACGGCAGCAGCGUGGCGUCGUUUACCUGCGAUUCCAAGGAUUCGACAGGUUGUUUCAUCUCAAGCUGAGGCCAGAUGCGUCCGUAUUUCACAAGGACCUCGUGGUUGAGACCUCGAGCCUCGGUCGAGUGAAGCCGAACAUUGGUCACAUCUACAGCGGCGAACUAAUCGGCGACCCCUCCAGUCGCGUACAUGGUGGCCUGCACGACGGUGUCUUCGAAGGCUCCAUUCAGUCCCGCUGGGGCCGCUUCUACGUCGAAGGGGCGCACAAGUUCUUCGAACGUCGCACGCCUUUUCACUCCGUGAUGUACGCCGCCAAAGACGCUAGCAUGCCCGAUGAAGGAUGGUGCGGCGUCAACAGCGAGACCGCGCGUUGGAUGCAGGAGCUUGCAGCCUCCUCCAAACUAGCGCAGGAGCCCCUGGCAAAGGAAGCGCAGCGCAGCUCGAGGAGCCAACAUUGGACGAAUAGGAAACUUUUAGAAGAGUCCGAGGAGCUGUACUCCGACAUGGAAGACGGUGGCAGCGUGGCCAGCCUCGCGAAGAAGGGCGAGCCCACAUUGCGAGUUUGCGGCCUGCACAUCGCCAUCGACCACCUGCUGUACAAGAAGUACCUAGAACUGGACAACGACGAUGUGCGCACGCGCGAGCGCAUCUCCACGCUAAUCGCGGGUCACGUGGCUCGCGCUUGCGAGGUCUACCGACGCACGGACUUCCAAGGAAUUCACGACAUCAACGAUACUAAAAGCUGUCCGAAGCAGGGCAACGAUUUCUGUCUGGAGAAGAUGGACCCGUCUCUCCUUCUGCUGACCACAGCGCGGUCAGCUAAUUACGACGACUACUGCCUGGCGUUCACGUGGACGUAUCGAGACUUCGCCAACGGCGUCCUCGGCUUGGCCUACGUGGCCAAUGCGACAGCCAGCACCAUGGGCGUGUGCGACAAGAACCGGCUCGUGCCGAAGGACAAGUCGGGCAAAGGCUUCGGGCUCAGCAAGCUCAGCCUUAACACGGGCAUCAUCACGUUCAUCAACUACGGCGCUCACGUGGCCCGCGUCGUCAGCGAAAUCACCUUUUGCCACGAGAUGGGACACAAUUUUGGAUCGCCCCACGACGAGCCAGAUAGUAGUCCGUGCGUUCCCAAAGACAAGAACGCCGGCACCUACAUCAUGUACUGGCAGACCACGAAGGGCACCCUUCCCAACAACCACCACUUCUCGCAGUGCAGCGUCUCAAACAUGAGCAACGUCAUCAAGCCCAUGCUACAGGGCACCAGCAAGCGCGAGAAUUGCUUCGAAGCUGACAGCGGACCGAUCUGCGGCAACGGCUUGGUCGAAGGGGAGGAGCAGUGCGACUGCGGCUACACCGAGACCGAGUGCCAAGAAAAGUGCUGCUACGCCCGCAAGAACAGCGUCAAGGCUCGUGGGUGCACCCUUAAGCCAGGCGCUACUUGCAGUACGCGUAGCGGCCUCAACGCCUCCUGCCCCCUGGGAAAACCGAAGCCCAACAACACCGUUUGCAACAAGGGCAGGCAGGUGUGCAUCGAAGGCGAAUGCCUCGGCUCCAUUUGCCUCAAAUACGGCAUGCAGCCGUGUUACCUUACGGGAGAUCGCUACACGGUGGACGAGAAGUGCCUCAUUGCCUGCGAGAACAAAGGAAAGUGUAAAGACGCUUGCCACUAUCCCGCCAUGAAGUCGCUCUGCGGGGCAAGGAUGCCACCGGGCUCCGUUUGUGACGGGCAUGGCUACUGCGACAUCUUCCAGAAGUGUCGCUACUCGGACGAGCUGGGAUCACUGACGAAGCUUGAGGAUGCGCUUUUUGCCUCCAAAAGCUAUAAGUCUGUCGAGGAAUACAUAAAGGCGCACCCGUUCAAGUCGUUCUUCUACCUGCUCCUGUUCGUAGGCCUGAUGGCGCUGUUCUUCCACUGCUUCUCCGCGCACACGCCCAGCAGCCACCCGCUCAGACCACAGCCCAACAAGUCCGCGACGGACGUGAGACUCGGAAGGGCCGUGUUCGUGCUUGGAACCGAGGAAUCGUUCCUGUACCCCUGGCGCGGAGAUGCCGACCGCUAA